GAUCCCACGCGACAUCGCGUCCUUGACAUUAGCAGUCCUUGAUCUUGCUAGGAAAAGCGCGGGGGUUGCGAGAGCAGUCGAUGAUCAUGGCGGGACCAGUUGGGUCGAAGGUCCUCGUGACCUUGACGAUCCUUGCACUGUCCGGGGUGUCGGCCAUACAGAACGAUAAAACGUCCUCUCGAGUGUCCCGGGAUAAUAUCGUGUUGAGCGCGAACGCUUACACCGGUCCCGAAAAAACAUCCAGCGGGAGUCAGCCGGACGAGUCCCGGACUUUCCAACGGACCGUUCCAGCGUUUCAGCUGGAAAGCUCGAAAAACGUCAACGAUUACGACAGGGAGGAGACCAGGCUCGUAUUCAAAGAUACGAGUCGCGACGAGUCUAUCGACGAACUAACGUCAUCGAAGCACGUGGCCCAUAUCGACGGUAAUAACAUCGAGGCGAAAGCCGGCGAGUACUAUCACAUAGUGCCCACCACCAGCGAGUCGAUGUCGGGGGAAGGACAAGGGGCUCCGCUGAGAGUAGAUCUCCUGUCGGAGCCCCAUCAGCUGGUUGGCGCGCCGAGGCAACAAGCACAGCAUUCGCCAGUAACGGAUCAGCAGCGGCGAGGUCGUCAAGAGAUCCCGAGGAUCUAUAGCGAGCACGCGCCGCCGCCGCCUAUUCUGCAAACCGCCGCGCCAGGUCAUAGACAGGCGAACCCCGAUAUACAGGACAUCAUUACCGGAAUCGUCAAGCUGCUCAAUGGCAACGUGAACGUAGCCGCGAACACGGUGAGGCCGUUGAGGCCGAUACAAGCCACGAGGAUCAACAACAGAGGACCACCCAGAAUAUCGGAUGUGCCACCGUUGCUGACGGACUUUGACACUCCUGGCAUGAAUCCACCACCGCCGCCGCCGUCGUCUCAUCCUUAUCCGUUUGAGAAGCCCCCUGCACCUGACAGACCGCUGUUGCCACCGGAGAGACCCAUUAGGCCCUUCAUCAGCGGAGUGCCAUUACCGGAGCAAGUUGUGCCGCCUUGGAGUUGGGAUUCUUCUCACAGAUCCACUGAACGUUAUCGUCCACGACCUGGAAUUGUCUUGGAUGAUACUUUAGAUUAUACGGGAGCGCAAGGAAUGCCAAGUCAGAGGCCUUACGCACCUUCGAGACAUCCAUCCCCCGGUGACGUCUUUGACGUAACAGUUUCGGCAAUUCAGGGACCCGGAGGAAGUUCCGGGGAGAGCGUUAGAGUAUCCCUAAACUCAGGUGGUGAUGUCAUAUUAACUUCCGCAGUGGGCGGAGAAGGUUUCGUGAGUAUUGACGGUAAAAGAACGUAUCUGAAUCUGUUUGAUAACACGGAACGGACGCCCGGACCCACUCAUGUACAACCACAACCAACUAGAACUCAACCGCCACCCAUCGUCGGUAGUGGUCUCGCCAUUCCACAACCGGAUGCUCCUCCUGCCACUUCUCGUCCGAAUGGAUCAAAUUGGAGGCAGCCACCGUUAUAUCGAAGACCGACGCAGCCACCUGUCAGAAUAGACACUUGUAUCGUGGGCGACACGAGCACAUGCGAUGCAAGUCAACAUGAGGCUUGCGCGACGGUUCAAGGGGUAUCGGCUUGUCACUGCAAGCCAGGAUAUGCGAGAUUGCAGCAUUCGCUGCCAUGCAAAAAGAUUGUCAGUAUCGUAGUGUCAAUUAGAGUUGACAAAUUUUACGACAAGAAAGUCGUGUGGGAUCGAGGACUGGCUGACAAGGACACGGAAUCUUAUCAAACUCUUGCUUACGAGGCCAAUAGAGCCGUGGAGUCUGCCAUGUCUAUGACACCAUUUUCAGACGAAUAUAUGGGGUCCCUGAUAAACAACAUUUAUCAAGGAGACGUAAGUCAAGGACAAGGCGGAGUUUUCGUGAACGCAACUCUAAAACUUACUUAUGAGCCGAGAACGAUUAGGCCAAGCUUAGCCGGUGAACUUCAAAGACAUCUGCUAGGUGUUAUUCAUAGGAAAAAUAACAACAUCGGAAACAGUGCUCUGUACGUGGACAGCCCACCGGGAUCUAUAUCAAACUUGCAAGAUCUGGACGAAUGCGCCUCGUCGGAGUUGAACGAUUGCCAUUCAUCCGCCAGCUGUACCAACACCUUCGGCGGUUUCACGUGCUCCUGCCACCCGGGAUUGAAGGACCCCCAUAAAAACGAUCCUAAUGAAUCCGGCAGAACGUGCUUGUCGUGUCUCUCGACCUAUUGCAACAAUCGUGGCACCUGCUCUUAUCAGGGAGACCAGAUGCAGUGCACAUGCACCGGCAAUUAUUACGGCGCGCAAUGCGAGGUCGACGGCGAGGUCUUGGGCGUCGCCAUAGGCGCGUCUGUGGCCGCAUUAAUAAUCAUAGUUUUGACUCUAGUCUGUCUCGUUAUGUGGAGUCGUAAAUGGUCUCGUGAACAAAAGUCAGCGGGUUCUCCGGUGUACGGUUAUAUCCAAGGUGGAAUACCCGGUACUCUUCCAGGGACCUUAGCGAGGGUCGGCUCUGUGGGCACUCUGGCGUCCGUGAAACAAGGACCGCCGACGAAUUUGCCACCUUACAUGUGGGCUCAUUUUGGGGAGCACAUGGCUACAGCGAAUCUAUAUGCGACCGAACCCAUGGGUCCUACGCGACCAAGCUCGGCGAUGUUCGGUUAUCCACCUAUAAACGUUCACGGAACAUUGCCUCCGAUCCCAUUACCGCGACUUCAGGCCCCAUCACGGCCGAGACAGAGACCCCAACCAGAUCCGGAUAGCUCGGAUUCCGAGCCGCAAGAUAAGGACAGAGCCGACCUAAUUCCUCAGAGCAGUGGUUUUCAUGUGCCGAGGCCAAAGUCGAGAUCUUCAUUAGCGAAUCAAAGCGGUAUCUAUAACGACGUGGAGUACGAUCAGGGUGACGUUCAUCAUUUGUCAAAGAACAACAUCCCGAUGUCCACUUACAGGCCGUACUACAGAACGUGAAAUUUACAUCGCGAGAAGUAAUACAUUCGCGCACGUGUCAAGGGACGGUGCUAAAUAACCCAUCGCGAAUUUAUCGUCUAAAGUGCUCAAUAAAUAGUGCAUUAGGACACGGUGCUGCUGCUGCUGCUGGUGCGACGUAAUCCCACGAUGGGAAGCUACGAAUCCUUCCAGCGUUGUCGUGUGAGCAAACGUACCGUAUGUGCGGAAGAUUUGCACAUGUGGACUGGAAGUGAGCCUAUUCGUCUCCGCGGGUUAAGCGGAUUAGAUCUUGCUCGCUGUAAAGUCGUGUUCUUGUAGUCACGCGAUAUCGUACUUGCGAUAGAUCAAGUAAUUUUUAGCGUAAUACGCCGAUAUUUAUUAUUCGUUAUUUGAGUUUGGAUAUAUUUUGUAAAAUCCAAAAAUUUGCUUACGUUAGAUAGUUUUAUUAAGAGAGACGUGUAUGCGACGAUUGCAUAUAUUUCACUAUUUUAACUAACUCGUUAUCACUGUUAGCUCAAUACUCAGAAUAAGAGUAAUUUAUAAGAGCAGAUAUAUCGACUGUUUAUGAUUAGAGUUAUAAUUGUUAAGCAGAAAACUAACUGUUGCGUUAUGAGUAUUA